AUGUUAGCAACAACAGCACCAAACUCGUUAGUCAUGAACCCAACUUCAAUGUUAGUAGAGAUGAAAAGCUUCAUUCCUUCUUCAUAUACUUUCGAAACAGAAAUCCAGAAGAUAAAGCAGGAACUUCUCCAAGGAGAUUUAGACUGUAGUGCAAAAGAUGAAACAAAUGAACAGUAUCUUUAUGAAAUGCAAGAUAUUAUAGACCAUUUGCCUAAACUACCUGAAAUACAACAACAAAAACUCACUAUUCCAGAAUUCGAUGAAAUAGAAGUGAAACCAUCUGACUCAGUUGAAAUAAAGAAGUUCAUACGUAAUGUAAACUAUGAGUUUCUUGGAUUUCAUUACAACCACAAAGACUGCGAUAUGGUAUAUUUCAUUGACAUAUAUAAAUCUGAAGAAUUUAAGACCUACGACAACUUUGUUUCGUUAGUUGCUGAGUGUGUCUUGCAGAUAAGAGAUAAAGAUAGAAGAGGUAAGGUAUGGAACCAACAGAUAAAACCAGCAGCCUUUGAGUUAAAGAAGACCAUCUACGCCUUACUUGUUUUAGCAGGACAAAUUUCAGAAUAUAACGCAAAAAUGAACUCACAAUGUUCAAAAUGUAAAGCAGCAACAAGGAAAUAUAACUACUCC